UUUUUCCGUUUCGCCAUUUUCCUCUUCUACACCGGUGCUCUCGCUGGUAGCUACGUUGUCACCCCCCUCUCAGCGUUUUAACCUACCCGAAGCUGACGGUGGGACAGGGGAGAACUCUUAAAAAAGAAGAUAGUCUGCUUUUGUAGCUGCAUCGCCCCGAGAGAAGAGCGAGAAUGUCUUCUGAGGAGAGCCCCGAGUACUCGCCUUUCUUCGCUGUGAUGGGAGCCUCUGCGGCCAUGGUCUUCAGCGCAUUAGGAGCGGCGUAUGGGACAGCGAAGAGCGGCACAGGCAUUGCUGCCAUGUCUGUGAUGCGGCCAGAGCUCAUCAUGAAGUCCAUCAUCCCUGUGGUCAUGGCGGGUAUCAUCGCCAUCUACGGGCUGGUGGUGGCUGUGCUGAUAGCAAACAACAUCUCUGACAGAGUCAGCCUCUACAAGAGCUUCCUGCAUCUCGGCGCUGGUCUGAGCGUGGGCCUGAGCGGUCUGGCGGCCGGGUUCGCCAUUGGCAUUGUGGGUGACGCCGGGGUGCGAGGCACCGCCCAGCAGCCCAGGCUUUUUGUGGGCAUGAUCCUGAUCUUGAUCUUUGCUGAGGUGCUGGGGCUUUAUGGCCUCAUCGUGGCCCUCAUCCUAUCUACAAAAUAAGUGUCUGCAUCAAACACCAUCUCAUCCAUUCCACAUCAAAGCAGCAAGAACAAAUAGGAGAUUUUCACCUACUUCCAUUCCACCCCCGUGGGUCUGACAGGAUGGGAUGGCAACAGAAACAUGUUGGCGGUCGACUUUGACAGUUGUGUCCUCAGUAGAUGUGAUCUAUCCAUAUUGUUUAAAGCCAUCCAGUUGUGUCAGGUCCUGUGCGUACAGAACGGGCAUGAAGAUGUAUUGGUUGUUGUGGGAUGAUGUGUGGACAGUCUGCCUGAUUUGUUGUCUGAUCUUAACCUGUACAGUGCUCCAGAGUCCCCUCCACCCCCCCGUAAAUGUAGUAACCAGUCUGUGCUGUGAGUGUGAGUAUCAACGUUUACCCCUUUUGCCCACUCCCCUCCUUUUAAUUUUUGUUUUAUGUUGGUGGUUUUGAUUGUCAUUCUCUGUUUUGAGACUGCUGAAAAAAAUUGUGCACAUUAGUAUUUUAUUUUUUCAUGUUCUUUUCGGGGACCAUUUUUGAAUCACAGUGGUGAGGAGCUGUCGAGACCUUUUUUUUUUUCACUAUUUAUGGAAAGCUAUGAAGAUUUUGACUUAAUGAACCUGUCUAAAUGGAAUACUGUUUAUUGAAUACCCUAUAUACAUAAAAAUAUAUAUAAAUUAUCUGUGUAUAGUUAGAUUAAUUGCACUGUGGGUAAUUGUUCAAAGUGCUUGGAAUUCCUCUGGAUGUAGUGUGAUUAUUAAUGGAGGAUGUCCACAUUGACAUGAGUUGACAGUGUGUGUGUGUGUGUGUGUGUGUGUGUGUGUGUGUGUGUGUGUGUGUGAGAAUGACCUGAGUGUGAAAUGCGUGCAAGUGGAUUUAUGUUUAAUAUGACAUUCUCAAACACUAGUAUCGUUUACCUGUAGUGCUGCUGUCUUGAUUUUUUUGUUUGUUUUUUUUUGUUUAAGGUGCGAGCUCACUGUUCAGCCAUGCCUGUCAGAUUUCCAAAUAAAACUCAACCUCCUCCAGAA